UAAUCGCAGCGAGAAAUACUGGCACAACUACAACAUACAAAAUCUUACUGCUAUAAUUUCGGCUAGAGAAUAACCGGUGGUCCAUAACUCACACUGAGUCUGUUUGGAGGAUGGCGUCAUUGGAAUGUGCUGCGUCAGCCGAAGUCGGUGAAGCAUCGCCCUCUACAGUGGAGCCCAGGCGUAGUGACCCCCUGAGGAUUGUUCUGGUGGGGAAGACAGGCACUGGCAGAAGUUCUUCAGCCAACACCAUCCUAGGACGAGACGCCUUCCGGGUGGAUGUCUCACCCUGCUCUGUUACCACGCAGUGCGAGAGACAGACCGGGACAGUGGAUGGCCGGAGCAUCUCUGUGAUUGACACCCCUGGCUUCUUCAACACACGUCUCUCCCCUCAGGAAGUGCUGGCAGAGGUAGGACGAUGCGUCACCCUGUGCUCCCCGGGACCCCAUGCCUUCUUGUUGACGCUUCAGGCCAGCAGGUUCACCCAAGAGGAGAGGGACGCCUUGGAGUGGAUCAAGGCUUCUUUUGGGCCUGCAGCCCCCAGGUUCACCAUGAUCCUUUUCACCUGGGGGGACCAGCUGAAGGGAAAACGCAUCGAGGAAUUCCUGGAGGAGAGUGAGGAGUUGUCAGAGUUCGUCGGCAGCUGCCAGGGGUGGUGUCACAUCUUGGAUAAUAGUUGUAGUGGACAGGACGGUGCAACAAGCUCCCAGCAAGUUGUGCAACUCCUGGAGAAGAUAGACAAGCUGGUGGCAGAGAACGGAGGCAGUUGCUAUAACCAUGAGAUGUUCAAGGAAGCUGAGAGGGCCAUCAAAGAGGCACGAGACAGAAUCCCUCUGUCGCUUCAGAGGGAGGCCGAGGAGAAUGAGGCACAGGGACCGGAGCUAGAAAAGAGGAGACAGAGGGAAGAGGAGGAACAGAAAAAGGAAGAAGAGGAUGCCAGAAAGCGUGCAGAGAAGCUCUUCUGGUGUGAACUGGUGACUGCGCUUGGGAAAGGGGCUGCGGAGGGGGCAGGGAUCAUGGGGAAAGACAAGGGGAAAGGGAAGACUGUGAAGAAGGCGAAGGUGGUGGAGAAGGCAGUGGCCCUGGCAGCCAAACCGCUGUCUGUCACUUCAGCUGCCAAAGCAGUGGGCGGAGCCAUGAGGGAAGGGAGUAAGGUGUUAUACAAACACCGCAAAAAUCUGUUAAACUGAGGCACACCUGAGCAAGAGGAGUCUGUGGCUGUAUUCACUUAAUUAUUUGAAUAUCAGAAAAUUUAUUUUGGCCAAUGGUCUCUGCACUUUUACAGGUGAGGAUGUGUGAUGUGGGAUUGGUUAAGUCAUGAGUCACUGUAUUAUUUGUCCAAUGUAUAUCAUACAGUUGCCUGACACCAGUGGUGCUUUAGUGGCUUGUUUUGCUUGGCAACAAUAUGAAAACCUCAGCACUUUCAUACACACUGACUAUUCUUUUAUGAGAGUGUGUGUGCAUUCACGGACAAAAUGCUAACAUCCCGGUGUGUUGCAGCACACCUGGAUUACCGACAAAUAACAUAACCACGCCUUGUAUUUACACAGUUCACGUGUAAUAAUAAAGUUCAUGUCAUAG